AUGGCUUCGUAUCUGGACCACUCGUACACGCUGGUGCACCAGGACAACUCGGCGGACCAGCCUACCGUCCAGGAGCUGAAGACGCAGCUGGAAAAGGGCACAGAUGAGACCAAGAUGGAGACCAUGAGGAUCAUCCUCAUCAUGAUGCUCAACGGAGACCCGAUGCCACAGCUGCUCAUGCACAUUAUCCGCUUCGUCAUGCCGUCGAAAUCAAAACCUCUCAAGAAACUACUCUAUUUCUACUACGAAAUCUGCCCCAAGCUCGACGCCAAUGGCAAGCUGAAGCAGGAGAUGAUUCUGGUCUGUAACGGCAUCCGGAACGACCUGCAGCAUCCCAAUGAGUACAUUCGAGGAAACACGCUUCGAUUCCUAUGCAAGCUUAGAGAGCCAGAACUACUAGAACCGCUGCUCUCCUCUGCACGCCAGUGUCUCCGCUACAGACAUGCAUACGUACGGAAGAACGCAGUAUGGGCAAUUGCUUCCAUAUUCCAGCACUCCGAAUCCCUUAUUCCGGACGCCGCAGACCUGCUGCAGACCUUCCUAGAGACAGAGACAGAUCCCACAUGUAAACGCAACGCUUUUGCUGCAUUGAUCAGCAUCAGCCAUGAGAGUGCCUUGGUAUAUCUGAGCUCGACAUUUGACGGCGUAGCCAAUGCGGACGAGCUGCUUCAGCUGGUCGAGCUAGAGUUCAUAAGAAAGGAUGCUGUGCAGAAUACCCAGAACAAGGCGAGAUAUCUUCGGUUGAUUUUCGAUCUUUUGGACGCAAGCACGAGCACAGUUGUAUAUGAGGCAGCUACCUCACUUACUGCACUGACGUCAAAUCCUGUUGCUGUCAAGGCCGCAGCUGCAAAGUUGAUCGAGCUAUGCAUCAAGGAGGCUGACAACAACGUCAAGCUCAUUGUGCUAGAGCGUGUCUACCAGCUUAUGAAGCGCAAUGAGGGUGUUCUCGAUGACCUCACCAUGGAGAUCCUGCGUGUUCUCUCCAGCCCUGACAUCGAUGUUCGACGCAAGGCCUUGUUCAUUGCCCUUGAGAUGGUCUCCAGCCGGAAUGUCGAGGAGAUCGUUCUCCUGCUUAAGAAAGAGCUUGCAAAAACUGUUGACGAACAGUAUGAGAAGAACAAUGAAUACCGACAACUCCUCAUUCAGUCCAUCCAUCAAUGCGCCAUCAAGUUCUCCGAGAUUGCUGCCAGUGUCGUCGACCUUCUCAUGGACUUUAUUGCCGACUUCAACAACAGCUCUGCUGUUGAUGUCAUAAGCUUCGUCAAGGAGGUCGUUGAGAAGUUCCCUAAACUCAGACCAUCCAUUGUCGAGCGACUGGUUUCCACUUUGGAUGAAGUCCGCGCCGGAAAAGUGUAUCGUGGCGUCCUUUGGGUCGUGGGUGAAUACUCGCUCGAAGCAAGUGAUAUCAGAGAAGCCUGGAAGCGUAUACGAGCCAGCUUGGGAGAGAUCCCCAUCCUCGCCUCGGAGCAACGGCUGCUUGAUGAAGGCCCCGAUGCUGGUGAAGCGGGUCAGGACUCUGUCAAUGGACACGCCAAGUCAACCACCGGGCCCAAAGUUCUGGCGGACGGUACAUACGCACAGGAGUCCGCUCUAACCAGUGAAUCCGCCGCUGCUGCCAAGCUAGCAGCUGUCAAGGCAGCGCAGAAGCCACCGCUCAGGCAGCUCAUUCUCGAUGGAGACUACUACCUUGCGACAGUCCUGUCAUCGACACUGACGAAGCUUGUGAUGCGCCAUUCCGAGCUUUCACAGGAUGUUGCUCGGACUAAUGCCUUGCGCGCCGAAGCCAUGUUGAUCAUGAUUUCGAUCAUUCGUGUUGGCCAGUCGCAUUUUGCCAAGGCGUCCAUUGAUGAAGACUCCGUUGACAGAAUCAUGUCAUGCGUCCGAUCAUUGGCCGAGUCUGCUCAGCGGAAGGAACUUGAGUCUAUUUUCCUAGAAGACACUAGACAGGCCUUCCGUGCCAUGGUUCAGGUGGAUGAGAAAAAGCGUGCUGCUAAGGAAGCCGUUGAGAAAGCUAAGACAGCCGUUCAAGUGGACGAUGCCAUACCCAUUCGACAGCUAGCAAAGAAGUCUGAAGAGGGUGCAGAGGAGAUCGAGCUGGACCUUGCCAAAGCCACCGGUGGCGACUCGACGCUUGAAGACCUCACCUCCAAACUCAGCAGAGUCGUGCAGCUUACCGGGUAUUCCGAUGCGGUUUACGCAGAGGCAUACGUCAAAGUCCACCAAUUCGAUAUUGUCCUUGAUGUCCUGCUCGUCAACCAAACUACAGAAACCCUUCAGAACCUCUCCGUCGAAUUCGCUACACUUGGAGACCUCAAGGUCGUUGAGCGACCUACCACCCAGAACCUCGGACCACACGAUUUCCUAAAUGUCCAAGCUACCAUCAAGGUCUCCUCAACCGACACCGGCGUGAUAUUUGGCAACGUGAUAUAUGAUGGCUCAAAUUCCACCGAGACCCAUGUAGUUAUUCUGAAUGACAUCAAGGCCGAUAUCAUGGAUUACAUACAGCCUGCUCACUGCACUGAAACCCAGUUCCGAACAAUGUGGACCGAAUUCGAAUGGGAGAACAAAGUUAACAUCCACUCCAAGGCCAAGAGCCUGAGAGCCUUCCUCCAGCAACUCAUGGACCGCACCAACAUGAGCUGCCUUACUCCUGAAGCUUCCCUAGAGGGAGACUGCCAGUUCCUAAGCGCAAAUCUCUACGCAAGGAGCGUCUUCGGCGAGGACGCUCUUGCAAACUUGAGCAUCGAGAAAGAAGGCGACGAUGGCCCCAUCACAGGCUUCAUGCGAAUAAGGAGUCGAUCUCAAGGGUUGGCGCUUAGUUUGGGUUCUCUAAAGGGCAUAAAGGCUAACUCCGUUUAA